CUUCAAUAGUCACAAGCACAACAGCAGUGGUUUUUUGGCACCAUGGGAGAGGUAGAUCCAGCUUUCAUCCAAGACGUUGAGCACAGGCCUAAACUCACCAACACUGAAUCAGAAGGAAUUCCCAUAAUCGACCUUUCGAUACUGAGCUCCCCGGAGCCGGACUCCGAUGAGUUUCGGCGGCUGGUGGCGGAGAUCAGUGAUGCAAGCGAGAAGUGGGGAUUUUUUCAGGUGAUCAACCAUGGCGUGCCGUCAGAAACGCGGCAGAAGAUUGAGCUGGCAGCCAGACAGUUCUUUGCGUUACCGAAAGAGGAGAAAAGUAAGGUGAGGAGGGAUGAGGUAAACCCGUACGGUUAUUAUGAUACAGAGCAUACCAAGAAUGUCAGGGAUUGGAAAGAAGUAUUUGAUUUUUCUGUAGAAAGUACUUUCAUUCCGGUUUCUCCUGAGCCCGAUGACGAGGCUCUCAAGGAGAUGAUUAGCCAGUGGCCUGAGUACCCUCCAGAAAUGAGGGAGGUAUGUGAAGAGUAUGUCCACGAAGUUCAAAAGCUUUCUUACAAGCUAUUGGAACUCAUCUCCCUAAGCUUAGGGUUGCCAGAGAAGCGAUUGAAUGGAUUCUUUAAGGACCAAACCAGUUUUUUGAGGAUGAAUCACUACCCACCAUGCCCUAGCCCUCAUCUGGCUCUUGGAGUAGGGAGACACAAGGAUGCUGGGGCUUUGACCAUUCUGGCUCAGGAUGAUGUUGGAGGGCUUGAAGUGAAAAGGAAAACAGAUGGAGAAUGGGUUUUUGUCAAGCCUACACCAGAUGCUUAUAUCAUAAAUGUCGGUGACAUUAUUCAGGUUUGGAGCAAUGACAAGUAUGAGAGUGUGGAACACAGGGUUAAGGUGAACUCGGAGAGGGAACGGUUUUCAAUUCCGUUCUUCGUUAACCCUGCACACUACACUUGGGUGCAGCCCCUGGAUGAGAUAGUGAACGAGGAAAAUCCAGCAAAGUACAAGCCGUAUAACUGGGGAAAGUUUUUCACUACUCGAAAGACCAGUAAUUACAAGAAGCUUGGUGUUGAAAACAUUCAAAUUUACCAUUUCAAAACUACCAAGAGUUCUGAUGAGUAGCAUACCUUCUAUAAGCUCCACAUUUCUGCUAUAGCCUCUUGAAAGACUUGAUUAUGUAGGCAUAUUGCAAGUAUUAUAUAUAUUGUACUAGAAUAAGAAAGUAAGAAACCAGUAUGUAACCUGAAUUUUAUUGGAGUACAUGAAUGAGAACGAGUAUGUAAUCUGGACUUA